GGGUAAGGGCUUCUCUGGAGCACAACUGCCUGGUUUUGAUGCUGUCUCCCCCACUUACUAGCGGGGAGGACUUAGCCUCUGUGGGUGUUCCCUUCCUUUCCUGUCUUCAAGAAGGGUUGAAUGAUAGUAUCCAUUUCAUGGGGUUGUAAGGGUUGAAUGAGUGGCUUAGAGUAGAUGCUCCAUCCAUGCUUGCUCUUACUCUUAGAACAUGAAUGAUUGGAUGCCUAUCGCCAAGGAGUAUGAUCCACUCAAAGCGGGCAGCAUCGAUGGCACUGAUGAAGACCCACAUGACCGCGCGGUCUGGAGGGCAAUGCUGGCACGCUAUGUCCCCAACAAAGGUGUCAUAGGAGAUCCCCUCCUCACCCUGUUUGUGGCCAGACUAAACUUGCAGACCAAGGAGGACAAAUUAAAGGAAGUCUUUUCCCGCUAUGGUGACAUCCGGCGGCUUCGGCUGGUCAGGGACUUGGUCACAGGCUUUUCAAAGGGCUACGCCUUCAUCGAAUACAAGGAGGAGCGUGCUGUGAUCAAAGCUUACCGAGAUGCCGAUGGCCUGGUUAUUGACCAGCAUGAGAUAUUUGUGGACUACGAGCUGGAAAGGACUCUCAAAGGGUGGAUCCCUCGGCGACUUGGAGGCGGUCUGGGGGGAAAAAAGGAGUCUGGACAACUGAGAUUUGGGGGACGGGACCGGCCUUUUCGAAAACCUAUCAACUUGCCAGUUGUUAAAAACGACCUCUAUAGAGAGGCAAAACGGGAAAGGCGGGAGCGAUCUCGAUCCCGAGAAAGACACUGGGACUCAAGGACAAGGGAUCGAGACCAUGACAGGGGCCGGGAGAAGAGAUGGCAAGAAAGAGAGCCCACGAGGUUGUGGCCCGACAAUGACUGGGAGAGAGAGAGGGACUUCAGAGAUGAGAGGGUCAAAGGGAGGGAGAAGAAGGAAAGAGGCAAGUAGAGGCUCAACAGCAGACCCCAAAGUGAAGAUACACUGGAAAUGAGUGGCGGGGGAUUGUCUUUCAAUGCAGCUCGAGUCUAAUGGUUGAAUAAAACUUCUUGAUGAUCA